CCCGUCCGCCCUCCCCACCCACCGCCAAACUCGUGUCCUCGCCCUCGCCCGGUCAAUUGACUCGCCAUGGCUUCGCUCGCCGCAGCAUGUCGGCUAUCGGCGCGCGCUGCCUCGCAGCAGCUGCGCAGCCAUGGUGCUCGGAGAGGCCUUCACUCGACCCAGGCCUCGCUUGCCGCGCAAAACUUCAACAUGCCCGCCCUUUCUCCCACCAUGACCGAGGGCAACAUUGCGGCGUGGAAGAUCAAGGAAGGCGAUUCUUUUUCCGCCGGCGAUGUGCUGCUGGAGAUCGAGACCGACAAGGCACAGAUGGAUGUCGAGGCUCAAGAUGACGGUAUCCUGGCAAAGAUCACUGUUGGAGAUGGAUCAAAGGCAGUGCAGGUCGGCACACGGAUAGCAGUCACCGCGGAGCCUGGUGACGACCUCAGCUCUCUGGAGAUUCCUGCCCAAGAUAGCCCUGCGCCAAAGAAGCAGGCCGAAGCGCCCAAGGAACAGCCGAAACAGUCAGCGCCAGUACCCAAGGAGGAGCGCACGUCUGCACCGCCCGCCAAGUCGAAUGCCUCAAAGCCCUCAGCCGGCAAGCCUACCAAGCAGACGUACCCGCUAUAUCCCUCUGUACAACAUCUCCUCCAAGUCAACGGUCUGCCCAAGGAGGAAGCCGACAAGAUCCCAGCUACAGGACCCAACGGCAGGCUUCUCAAGGGAGAUGUCCUUGCGUACCUUGGCCAGAUUGAGAACUCAUACCCUUCAGAGCUUGCCAGUCGCUUCUCGAAACUCUCUCACCUCGAUUUGAGCAACAUCAAGCCCAUGGCGAAGAAGGAGGCACCCAAGAAGCCUGCGGCCGAGGCACCCAAGGUUGUUGAAGAUGUUCCCGUUGAGCUCGCCAUGCCCAUUUCCCUCAAGGCUGUAAUGGAGUGCCAGAAGCGCGUGAAGGAGUCAAUAGGCGUCUUCCUACCACUAUCGACUUUUGUUGCGCGCGCGGCUGAGCUCGCAAACGAGGAUCUGCCCAAGUCCAAGACUGCUAAGCCAUCAGCAGACGAGCUUUUCAAUGCCGUUCUUGGCCUCGACAAGGCGUCUGCAAAGUACUCGCGAGGCAACUUUGUGCCACAGGUAACGUCGCUGCCCCCUGCCAGUUUGUCUGCCCAGUCACCAGCGCCAAAGAAGUCGGACAUCUUGGACAUCCUGUCCGGCAAGAAGCCAAGCCCGCCUAAGCGAUCUUCCGUCAGUGGAACAGCAAGCGUCGCCGGUCCUCUCAAUGUCUUUAGCAUCAGCGUGCCAAAGGGUGACGAGCAGCGCGGCCAGGUCUUCCUCGAGCGCGUCAAGGCGGUUCUUGAGGCUGAACCGGGCCGAUUGGUUGUGUAAAGACGAAAUCAGCCAUGUUAUCUCCCUUCCGUUUAUGUAGCGUCUGUAUAGUAAUGCAUCUCCACUGGAUGGGCGAGAUGUGCACUGUACCAUUAUGAUUUUGUUUAGACAAG